AUGAUAUUCAGCAGGACGUCAAUUCGGGCCUUUCCGAGGUCCUCGCUUCCGUCUUUGUUCAGGUCGAGAGCCGCGUCAACGUUAGCUUUCAUUGAGACCUCUCAAGAUGGAAAGAUUGCACAAUCCUCUUUAAGUGCACUUAGCGCGGCCGAAAAGCUAGGAAAUCCCAUUACUGCGCUUUUUGUGGGUGGCUCGGCUCAAAAGGGUGCAGAAACGCUGAAAGGUGACUAUUCUGUCAACAGUUUGAAGAGCAUCAUUGUUGCGAGCAACGAGGCGUAUAACAACUAUCUGCCAGAAAAUGUCACUUCUCUUUGCGUGAAGCUGCUUGAAGACCCCGAAUACUCGCAUUUCAUUGUAGCAAGCUCUGCUUCGGGUAAGAAUGUUCUACCUCGCGUUGGCGCGUUGCUUGAUUUGCAACCCAUAUGCGACGUUACUGCUAUUGUCGAUGCGAAAACGUUUGUCAGACCAAUGUAUGCAGGCAACAUACUAGCCACUGUUGAAUGUAACCAGUCCAAAAAGUUGAUCAGUGUGAGAGCUUCUUCUUUCCCCGCUGCCAGUGCUGGUGGCACCGAAGUUCCAAUCACCAAAGCUGCUGAACAGCCAAAAUCAAGUAUAGACGUUAAAUGGGAAGGCGAAAACCUUGUAAAGAGUGAACGUCCAGAUCUGGGAUCCGCGUCGAGAGUGGUUGCAGGUGGUAGAGGUUUGAAAAACAAAGAGACCUUUGACAAUCUCGUAACUCCCUUGGCUGACACUCUGCACGCCGCCAUUGGAGCUACGAGAGCUGCUGUAGACUCAGGACUUUGCGACAAUUCUUUACAGAUUGGACAAACAGGUAAAGUCGUGGCUCCAGAUCUUUAUGUCGCCGUCGGAAUUUCAGGUGCCAUCCAGCAUCUCGCGGGUAUGAAAGACUCGAAGACAAUUGUUGCAAUAAAUAGUGACCCAGAGGCUCCUAUUUUCCAAGUCGCAGACUUUGGACUUGUGGGCGAUCUUAAUGAAGUUGUGCCAGAGCUUACUGAGAAACUAGCUAAAUAA